AUGCCUAAUUCAAAUGAAACAAUUAUUUUUAAUUCUGAUUAUACUAUUAGAAUAUAUGCAUCUAAUAAGAUUUCUCUAGUUUUUAAGUUAAAAUUCAUCCUUUAUUUGAAGGAGAGUUUUUAUAUUAAUGGGAAUUCAUUGAAAAUUAACAUUUUCUGCAAUUUUUCAUUAUAAUAAGCUCCACUUGAAGAUAUAUAUAGAUUGGUAUACAAAUUAUACGGUCUAAACUCCAUAAAAUUAUUGUUUUUAAACAAAUUAAAGAAAUUAAGGGUUCAUAAAUAAAAUUACAAAUGUGCCCAUUCCUUAAUGCUAUCAGAAUACUAAGCUUAUGGUUCAUAAUAAUGGCUGUGUUUGUCAACAAGAGCCAAGGAAAAAGAAUAGCGCAGAUGA